GAAGCUAGCUUCAGAAGGCCACAGGACGCCAACAGAGUGUAUAGAGUAGUGUAGCAGCAACAACAAGUACACAACAUUGAGGAAAACAUUAGAAAUAUCAAGUACUAUCUAUACAUUAGAAACCUGUAAAGCAUUGGACAAGGCCUGGGACAUUGUGUGAACCAGUCAGCAUUAAAUAGUUACUUAUGUUUUGUAAUUAACUCAGGAUACAUCUAUUUAAAAGUUUCAGAACAUUCCUGAACAUUUUCAUUAAUCAACAAGUUCUGUGGAAGCUUAUCAGCAGUAUCACGCGAUGAAGACGAGAUAUAUCAUCAGAUCUGAAAAUUAGGGAACGGAGCAAGCUUUAAUUGAUUUAAUUAAGGUAUCGAAGCACAGACAAUAUCCUCCAGCUCUUGUGAUGACUGAUCAAUCAGCAUUUGGGAUGAAUACCACAGAUUUUAUUGACAUUACCUCAGCAGAGCCAUCAGUGACUGGGAUGAGUAGCACAGCCAUUAUUGAUGUUAUGCGAGAUGAAGCUUUUAAACCGAAUCAUUAUCUCAUAACAACUUUUAUAUUCACUGCCAUGAUUCUGAUAAUUGGAGGAAACCUUAUUGUUAUCACCGUGUUUCAUUACACGCCAUCACUACGAAAUCCAACCAGCGUAUUCAUUACAUCUCUAGCAAUUGCAGAUCUUGGAGUCGGAAUCAGCUGUUUGUUCUCAAUUCAAGCAGUCUUUGCCGAAAAAUGGUCAUUCAGCUUCGGUUUCUGCAAAGCAGUUGGAUUCUCGCUGGCCGUGGUAGUAGGGGUGUCUAUAAUGACACUAGGAUGCAUCAGCAUUGAUCGCUAUAUCGCGGUGACAAAACCGCUAAGGUACUACACAAUCGUCACUAAAAAACGUGCUAGACUGGCGUCAUUAGGCGUGUGGAUUUUAAGCUUCAUCAUCUUCAUCCCAUCAUUGUUUGGAUGGGGUUCUUAUGAAUUUAGUAAAGAAACAUACGAGUGUCGACUUCACUGGAGUCAGGAUGUUGGAUUUUCGUUUUACGUUAUAUCUAUCCUGGUUAUUCCAAAUUUACUUAUUUCUACUUUCUGUUAUUACCACAUUUACAAGGCAUGUCAACAACAAGUUAAAAAACUUCAAAAGGUAGAAAAGUUCUCGACGGACAAUGCCACUUCAGACUCUCUCGAAAGCGACACAAGCCGAAAAAACCAUGAACGAACUGUAGCUAAGAUAUUCCUAAUCAUUGUAAGCGCAUUUUAUAUAACUUGGCUACCAUUUAUUAUUAUACGGAUUAUUGAGGGUACAAGCAAUGUUGAAAUAAAACCAAUUAUAUCUUUUCUAACAGCAUGGAUGGGAAUUUUCAACAGUUUCUUGAACUGUCUUAUCUAUAGUAUCACACAUAAAUCUUUCCAAGCUGGUUUGAAAAGUUUAUUGAGAUCAAUGAAGACAGAAUGCCAGUACCAUUGUGGGAAGCUUCCUAAAAAAUGUAUGUGUUGUAACAGGGUAUAGUUAUAUACUUCAAAAAUUUGCAUUUUAACUUAAAUCAUUAACAACCUUGCUAUAAAUAUUGUUGAUUAAAAUAUGUUUUCACUACA